AUGAGGGUGGACGAGGAAGCACGGCUUCCAGGUACGUGCAUCGGCUCUGACCGAGGUCGAGAUAGCCAAGGAGACGACCGUCACGUGUGUUGUGCGCACGAUGCCUUCACCGGUGGUUGCGGAGGAGAACCGGGGGUUGCGAGAAGGGUGAUUCGAGGAAGGCGAGGAGGCGAGUUAAUGCGAGGUCCGCGCGAGGACACCCGCUGCGCUCUGCGGGAGUUAACGCGGGAAUCGCGUGUUCCCGCCACGGAAACACGGAACACCGGCCGACGAAACGGGAGAAAGAGUCGAGCCAAGAAAAAAACCUGCGUGCCGUGCCGAUCUUCCGUGAUUUCCGCUCCUCUGUCAGGCGAUAGACUUUCGCGAAGUUUUUCCCCCGAUAGAACGCCGAUAGGAUGCUAUCGAUACGGUCACGCGUGCGCAGCGAUGAUUAAUGAUCCUACGGAUGAAACGAUGAGGUGUCAUCGUGCGUUUGAUACCUCCCGUGAGUGCUUUACGAAGAACACUAUAAUACAGUACCGGUCAAAAGUUUGGGUACACUUUCGUUGCAUUUGCACUUCGUACUUGGGCAAGAUGAUCUCCGAAAUUAUGAAAACUUUAAAGUUAUAUAGAGCAUACGUGUAUAUUUAUUAUCCAUGGUAUCAUUUUUUUUUUUCAUAAUUUUACGAAUUUUCUUAAUUUUCAUUAUUUAAAGUCGCAUCAACCACUUGUAAGGGUUAUUAGCGACUUGGAAGUAAAUCUUGUUAUAUGUUAA